AAGAUUCUCUCGCAUCCAAAAAAAACGGAUAAAACAACUCUGAGAAUUUAACUUCUCACUUCAUGUUUAAGUAAGACUGCCAUGACAUUACUCAAGUGAGAACCUCAGAGAAUACUUGCCAUUCAUUGCAAACUUGUACUAAUUCGGUUCUACGUGUUAUUUGACACUCCUGCCUCACCCAUGCUGCUCUCUGCCUGCAGUGCCUUUUUCUUCCUCCUGUCCCAGCAAGCUUGACCCCAUCUUCCUCUAGGAUCCCUCUGCCAGCAGGCACACCACAACACUUCUCGCUUUCUGCACACUCACACGUCUAAUUUACCAACUGUUCCAUGGUCUCAGCUGCUUGCAUAGUACCACCCUCUUAAGUAAACAAGCUUCUCCAGGUUAGGAAGAUUCUUCUCCUACCUCCAGCUACUGAGCACAGAAUCUGGGACAAAUUAGGAUUCAACAAGUGUUUGAGAAAUUAUUUAAGAUCAGUUACAACUGGAGGUAAAUCUUACUAAAGAUACAAAUUCGUGAGAAUUUAUCUACAGUGGUGUUGGAUAGGUGACAAAGAACUUUUUGAGACCCUCUAGAGAAUGAACUAUCUUUAAAACACUUUAGAAGUAUCCAUUUAUUUGUGAAGAGCCCAUGAACACGGCAAUAGUCAAAUACUAACAUGGCCUAAACUAUGUUAGGACAACUCUCUUCCUUAAAGUAAGGCCAAUAACCAAAUCCCAAUCACUGAAAGCCACUGGAAGGAAGAGUAGCAUUCUUUAAUACCACAGAAUACAAACAAUUUUAAAGCUGGGUUUUGUUUUUGGUUUUUGUUUGUUUACUAAUUCAGAUGAGCCUUCCUUCCUCCCAUUAAUAUAAAAUAGUUUUCACCAUGCUGUCACACUCUCCCAUCAAUGUCCUCCACAAAUACAUGAAAGGUGAGGCAGGGAGAAAAUCUAGUUGAUGCUUUUUAAAAUACAGAGCAUUUAAAUAAAAAUUGCCAGUAUCCAAUCAUCAGAAAUAUCCAAAGGGCAUAUAUAAAACACCAUUUUGCUUGUUUCAGAUGCUUUAUGCAAAGCCACUUAUUCCUUAUUAACAAAAAGUUCUAGAUGUAACAUAUUUGAAAAGUAUCACUAUUUGGAAGACUAAGUUCUCCUUCAAGCUAGAAAUGUUUUAAACUAAAACUCUGAUAUGGUCCUUAAGCUAUUUGGUUAAUGUGUAAUUUUAGAAUCUCAAAAAACAGAUACAGCAUGAAAAAUGAAAAUUCACUCAUUCAAAUACUUUGAUUCUAAACGAAGCAGGUUAUCUUUUAAGGUCACUACUAUUAGGGUAUAAUAUGACAUACACUACACGUAAUAAAAGUCAAUUCUGACCAAAAAUCUAUAUAUAUGAGGGGAAUAAAAAUAGUAAGGAAAUGUACCAAAAUAUAGACUAGUUGGUAGAGCUUUGGGUGCUAUUUAUCCUGUUUUCCUCUAUUAAAAACUUUUUUUUCUAUUAUGAAUGUAUAUUGAUUUGUCUUUGGAAAUAUUACUGCUAAAACAUUUAAAAUUUUUAAUUAGAUGUGGUCUAUAGUCCUAUGGGGGCUCAUUUAAUGUAUCAGCAACUUACAGUCUACUGGCUCGAUCCUACAAGAGAAACACUUCCACAGGCCUACUCCUGAAACUAUUCAAACUUUCCAGCAUCUAGUGUUCACUAAAGGAUGGCAGAAUUGAAGCCUCUGAGCAAAGCCUAGCUAUGUUAGCUGCCAGCAGAUUACUUUCCUCUCAUCUUGCUUGAAAAUUUAAGAUAACUGUCCUUUAUGAUUAAAGCCUUACCAUUGCUGGCUCACAACCUCAAUAAACUGCACUGACACACAUAAGGGUAUAAAAUGCAAAUACAAAAAAAAAAAAACAAGUAGCAAAAAACACUACUGACAGUUUAAUGUUCAUAGGUAUUAUUUCAAUUGGUCACUGAAGAAGAGUAUUUAUCUUCAUUCAGCACUAAGGACAAAAUACAUGGACUUUUACAAUCUUUAUAAGGGGAAAGGUUGCUUAGUAGACUUCAGGUUUAAUGGUGAAGACUAGAAAAUAAUCAUACCUAGGAGGCUAGUAAGUAACAACCCUCAAAGCUUAUCAUUAAAGGUCAAGUACCUGUUGAAAUCCUGCCCCCACCCAAUGACUCUUCCCACUGUGCCUACUGCCUCUGAUUUUAACCCAUUAAAAGAAUAAAGCUGGAGAGAGCGAGAGUACGAAGCGCGGCAACCCGAGUCAUGGCAGGACAGGCAUUUAGAAAGUUUCUUCCCCUCUUUGACCGAGUAUUAGUUGAAAGAAGUGCACCCGAAGUUGUAACCAAAGGAGGCAUUAUGCUUCCAGAAAAAUCGCAAGGAAAAGUAUUGCAAGCAAUGGUAGUAGCUGUUGGAUCAGGCUCUAAAGGAAAGGCUGGAGAGAUUCAACCAGUUAGUGUGAAAGUUGGAGAUAAAGUUCUUCUCCCAGAAUACGGAGGCACCAAAGUAGUUCUAGAUGACAAGGAUUAUUUCCUAUUUAGAGAUGGUGACAUUCUUGGAAAAUAUGUCGACUAAAAUAAGUCACUAUUGAAAUGGCAUCACGUGAAGCUGCCCGUUCCCCCAAUGGCAUCACGUGAAGCUGCCACUGAAGUUCUGAAAUCUUUCAUCCUGUAAAUAAUUUC